AUGGGCAAGCGACAGCGGUCUGGCGCCGAGAAGCGAGAGGCGAGGAAGAACUCGUGGGAGUUGGGACACAUGAAGAAGAAGCUUAAGAAGAUGAAGAAGAAGCAAAAGAAGAUGUUCAAGAAGUCAAAGAAGAGCCGGUCCCGCCGAGCAGCGAGCUCCUCCGAUUCAUCAAGUUCCAGCUCUUCUUCGAGCUUCGUGGACCAGCCGGCGAACGAGAGGCGAAAAGAGUGGCGAUCGUCGGGGGGUUCCUCGCAAUGGGGCCAAGGAGCCAACCCCCGCUGGGGCUCGUCCUGGGCGGGGCGUCACUCCUACGGCAGGAGCAGUGGCUCCGGCGGCGACACCAGCACAUGGAGGGCGGCAGGAAGCAGCAGGUGGCAGAGCAGCCCUCCGUGGAGAUCCCAAUGCUGGCAGAGCCGUGGAGGAAGCAACUGGCAGACCAGCCACAACACCGGCAGCUACAAUGCCACCGGCGGCACCGGCAGCUACAACACCUCUUGGAACGGGGGCAACGACAACACCGGUGGCACAUGGAACAACGACGGCGGCGGAGACGGUGACACCGCUGCUGGCAGCGGCGGCACGACUUCGACAUGGAAUGCCUGGGGCGAAGGCCAGUCCCGUGGAGCCAGGUAUCGGCGACGGCAACGUGAAGCUCGAGCUGCCGAAGGCGGUGGUGACGAUGAUGAGCAUGUCGAGGUGGCGGCAGAUGAAGCACCCUCAGGCGAUCAGGAGCUUGUUGCAGUGCCAGUGGCAGUGGCCCCAGCUCCUGCAGCCGCCUCGCCUGCACCGGCAGUGGCUGUGGAGCCGCCGCCUCAUGCCGUUCCCUCAUGCCCGAUCUGUUUGUCAGCGACGUGGCGGACUAUGGCCAUCGGCAACGGCGGCACUCGCUUGAGCAAUGGCUUUUUGCUUGCUUGCGGCCACGGGCCAUUUCAUGGUGCGUGCCUCCAGGAGAUGGUGAGGGUGGGCCGCGAGGGGGGGACUGUGGUCUCCUGCCCCGUGUGCAGAAGAAACCUGGGGGAAGCCUGGGUGAAUGCUAUCGUGAACGACACCCAGCAGCUCCCUUGUUUUCAGAUCGCCGGGACCGGGGCAGUGCAAGACGGCGGAGCUCCCAAUGCGGCAUCGUCGAAUGGUGGCGGUGGGCCCGGUCCAGUUGCUCCUGCAGCCGUGGCGGAGACGGCCGAGCCGCCAGAAAAUACGGUGGCGACUGGCGGCGAGGCUGAGCACCGUGAGCCUCCCUUAGCCAACGAACCGCCCGCAACAGAGAGCGGUGAUGCCAUGGACACGUCCUGA